GCGACUCGCACGGAGACGGAUGUAUGCCUAGUACACGAUCAAAAAUUCAUCGCGGAGCUAUGUUAACUCUAGCGCUAGUAGUAUAGUAUACUAGAAUAUCGUGCGCGUGUGUAUGUGUGUGAUGGAUUAGAAUAAAGUGAAUUGGAGUAUGAUUAAUUUUGUGUUAAUAGUGAAUAUAUCGUUUUAAAUACUAUGACCGCCGCCUUCAAGAUGCCCUCAGAAUUCAAGCGGAGCCCCAGCAAAGUGUGGUGGGGCAACGACACCGAAUGGCGCGAGAUCUCCACCAGCCCCGGCAGCCAGGACUCCGGCUUCUCGGACACCGAAACCUCCCCCCAUCAGCGCCCCGACGCCGCCGCCGCGCCCGCCGCCCCGCCCGCCAUCCCCCGCGACAUAUUCAAAGAGCUCGCCUCGGAGCGCGCGAAGCGCAACUUCAGCGCCAACUUCCGCGAGAAGUCCACGCCGGAGAAGCAGAACCUGCACGGGGCCCGGCCCGCCAAGCCGUCGCCGCGGGCCAGCCGGAAUCUGUUCGGCCCCGGCGCGGCCGCAAACCCGUGCACUGAUCGGUAUUCGGCGCGCGUUCGGGACGCCGGCGCGCAUCUCAAUGGGCCCCGCGGGGCCGAUGGCCCGUCGGUCGGGCCGGGGACGCGCUCGCUGGCGGCGCUCUCGGACGGUGCCUGCUCGGAGGAGAUCAGCAAAUCGGCGCCGGCCGUUCUGGUGGGCCGACCGGCCGCGGAGCACGAGGCGACGACCAGCUUCAUCGACGGCAGCUUCGAGGGGUCCCUGUCGAGCGAUUGCGACAGCGAGUUGGAGUCGCUGUUCGCCGGGAGAUUGGAGUCGCCCCGGCACACGUCCACCCCCAAGGCGGAUGGGACGCGGCAGAUCGACGAGAAAUUGUCGCUGAAGUUUGGGCUCGAUUACCAGCAGGAUAGGGUGCCCCCGAUUCCCACCGAAGGCUACACCGACCUGGACAACAAAGCCGUAGAAAUGUGGAUGAAAGAGGCGCGCCGGAGCUACGAGCAGGAGUGCAUGACCACCCUUCAAUGCAAAUCGAUAGUCGGGGAGCUCAAUCGAAAGGUGCUGCAGCUCGCCGCCUGCGCCACCACUAUAUUCAGGGGCGUCGUUUCCCACGCGAGAUGCAUCGAGAUGGAGUACAAUUAUCUCAACAACAGCGACGCCAAGACCGUCCAGCCGCUCGUCCAGAGCCUCACCGGCAACAUAGCGGAGUUCCUCGGCGCGCACGGCGGCCCGCUCGGCGCGGAGGCGCUGCGCUCGUGCGAGCAAAUCCGCUCGGCCGCGUCCGCCGACGAGGCGCUCCGGCUGGUGCCGGGGCUGUUCGCCCGCUGGCAGGAGGCGCGCGACCGGGCGCUCGCCGACGAGAUCAAGAAGCUGGUCAACAAGCUGGAGUGCCCGGCGUCCGAGCUCGACCUGCGCGCCACCGUCACCGGCGUCACCUCGAUGGCGCUGCGCCACCAGGAGGCCGUCGAGCUGCUCGCCAAAGCCGACGCGGUGCCCGUGUUGCUCAUACUGUGCGAGAAAUGCGAGGGGUCCUCGAUGAGGAGCUUGCUGUUGAGGGCUUUAACUACCGUGUGCAGCGGCUCGUCGGCCGUGAGGCAGUUCGAGAAGUUCUCUGGAGUGCAAAUCGUGGCUGAUAUUUUGGAGGAGCACUCCCGACCCGAGCCGGAGAGGUCCGAAGCGGUGGCUCUCUUGGCUCAAAUUACAGCUCCUUGGCUCGAAGACAACCAUUCUGUCAAAGGUUUGCAAGAGUACUCUUCGAAGCUGGUGCGAGCGUUGACGAGGUUCGCGUCUUCCACGAGAUGCUGUCAGAACCUGCUCCUUUGCGCGGCCGCUCUGGCGAACCUGAGCUCGAUGGACUCGAAAUCGGCGAGGUGUAUGGUGGAGUGGGGCACGGCCGAGGCGCUGCUGGGCAGCGUCGAAGCCCGAGGGCCCGCCGCUUCGGUCUAUCUGCUCGAGCAGAUGGCCGCUCUGCUGGCGAAUUUGUCCGCCCUGGACGUGGCGCGGAAGCAGCUGACUGAGAUCAGGGCGCCCGGGGCUCUGCUGUGCUUCCUCAGGAUGAAUUUCGCUACGGAUUUCGGUAGCGAGGACGUGGUGAAAAGGUUGCAGCAGAAGAGCAUUAUAGCGUUGUCGAGGCUGUGCGGAGAGAAGGAGGCUGCGAGGCAGGUCGUCGAGCUGGGCGGAGUGGAGAAGCUAGUCAAAAUGUGCAGGGAAAAAGACGAGAGGUUCGAUAGCGAUGCUGUUUUAGUGGCGGCUUUGGCAACACUCAGGAAAAUCGUCGAUGCGUGCGGAAGUGACGUGUUGAGUGCUCAAGAUGCUCAAGAGCUCGUCGAGCCGAAAUUGCUCGAUUCAUUUUUAGCCUACUCGUCUCAGAACGAGAGUUACGUUUGAAUUAAAUCGAGUUAAUUUUAGGAUAUUUAUUACGAUAAGCCAUUAUUUUAAUUUGUUUUUUUUUUAUUAUUUUUUAAAAUAUUCUAUAUUUGUUGACAUUAAAUAAAAUGGAUAUUACCAGUACGUGCUUAGUGUACGCCCUUCGAUGACAGUUUAUAUUACUCGGAUUUUAUUGUAUAAACGUUACCAAAUAUUAAUGUAAUAAACUAAACUGUAUUGUAAUUAAAUUUCGUAUUUUAUUCAACUCGCCAAUCAACUUAAAAAAAACAAUAAUCAAACGACGGAAUACAUUUUAGUACAUUUAAAUAAUGAUCGUAAAAUAUUUACAACUAAUCGAAGUACACUGAAAAUGAAAAAUAUUGACUAGGAAUGUUUUUAGUUUCACUUGCUGUUUAUUACAACCCUACGUUAACAGUAGCCUUUUCAGUCUCUUCGAAUUCUACAUGUUCCGUUUCCACCAACCCAUCUUCGUUAGCCCUGGAUAAUAUGUCGCAUAUCAAAGGCGACUCUACGCCUAAAAUGUACUGGCACAAUUUAGGUUCGAGUAAAUAUAAAGACACCGCGUUGGGACUGCUAGCGUUCUGCAGGCACUUUAAUUUCACCUCCGUUUGCCUCGGUUUGCCCGUCUUCUCGCAAAUCGAACCGCUCGAAUACAAAUGGGACAGUUGCUUGCGUUGCCCUAACGGCUUAGGCCGCUUCUGCGGGUUCUCCUUCAUCCAAUCCAAAUGCGCCUGUCUAUCGAAUAUCCCCAAAUUUAUCGAUACCUUCUUCCCGUUCUUUUCCACGUGAUACUGCUCCACGGACUUCCCGUAGCAAAACUCGAACUUCCACCAGCCGGUGCCUCCGUUCAAGCAAUUCUUCCCUCGCAGGAAAUUCUCCACGGGCGCGCUGUCUACCAACUGGUGCUCGCUCGGAUCGGGAAUGGCGUCUUCCUUCUCGAACUUCAACAGCUCCACUUUGAACUUGUUCAAAUCGGACUUUUUCCUCAGCAGGGCCGAUUCGUACUGCUGCUUGGCCAGGCCGUAGGGCAUCUUGUAGCUGCCGUCUACCGGCGCGCAGUUUAUCUUGUUCUCGCCCGAUUCCUUCGGUUUGUAUUUGGGGUGGGCGCACAGGAGGGGCGAGAGAAUGAUGAUUUCGUAGACGCAGCUCUGGGGCUCGUCCACCGAGUAGAUUUCGUGCUUGCCGUGUAUGUAGCACACGUAGAGCACUUUGGUCGUGCGGGGUUUGUUGUUGUUUUUUAAGGAGCACUGGGUACCGUUUUCCAUUACAAUUUCGUAGUACGGUAGAUUUAUGCUCUCUAUUUUCUUAACGGGCGGAGGAAGGGUUCUAUCUUUCUCGCGCUCCUUAGUUUUCUCUAAUAAGGUUUCGUAAUAAUCGGAGUCCCAUUUGCCUAUGACGUAUUCGUGCAAUCUCAUCGUUUUACCUUCCCUGUCUUCGUGGUACUGGCGGACUUUUCUGCCGUGGCACACUUGAUAGGUCCAGUACGAUUCUAAUCUGAAAGAACACGGUUGGUUUGGGGAAAACAACGGGGAGAGGAGCUCCAAAGCUGUGGGGCCAUCGUAGGAGUCUUCUUGCUGGGCUUUCUCCUCGGCUGUGGUGGGCAACGAGCAUUUGUAUUUCUCUUGAUGGGCCGACGUUAUUAACAUGGAUUCUUCGGUGGUCGUUUCGUCCAGGGGCAAUUCGCCUGGCCAAUUUAUGCUGUACAAUAUAGUGUCAUCGAAUCCGCUGAUAUCGUUCUGUACGGACCAUCGGCACAUUAAAAGACAAAGUAAAUACGUGGCCCCCUUCAUUUUUGCUUCAUAUUCACUAUUAUUUAUUGGGUACUUGUUAGAACAUCUUGAUAAAUUCAAAAUUUUCAACGUGAACGAUUUUCAUUCGCGUUUACGUUUAUUUGUCACUGUCAAGACGGUCAAAUGUCAA